UCUGCAGCAGCUUUUGUUCGGUUCGCUGCAGGUGGACUUUUGGAGUUUGUUUGGUUGUAAAAUUUCAACAUGUGACUGUAAGGGAGCUACAAAAACUCGUCCUUCAGCUGGAAAGUUAAACAUCGCUGCUUAUUCAGCUGCACCUUUACGCAGUAGAAGAUGGAGGUGACGACUCAGCCCAAAGUAUUCGCUCCCUCAGACUUCCAGACGGGACUGUGCGAGUGCUGUGACGACUGCAGUGUCUGUCUGUGUGGGACUUUCUGUCUCCCGUGUCUCGGCUGCAACAUCGCCAGUCACAUGGGAGAGUGCUGUUUAUGUGGACUGGGAAUGCCCAUGCGAAGUGUGUACAGAACCAAAUACAACAUCAUGGGCUCCAUGUGUAAUGACUUCCUGGUCAGUAAGUGCUGCUUGCCCUGCGCUACCUGCCAGCUGAAGAGAGACAUCAAGAGGAGGAAGCAGCAGGGCAUCUUCUGAACCUCAUGAGAACCUUCACACCACUGAAGAGAUUUCACUAACUGUGUCUUCUGUAUGAAGAGAAUCGUGCUAAAGUGUAAACAUGUCAAAACUAGAGCGAUCGAUCACAAUGGAUUUAUACCUACAGUCUAUUUUUGUGUGUGUUUUUCUGAAUGGCAUAAUUGCUGAUAAACACUUACACCACAGCAUGCCUGAGUUCUGGAUUCUGAUUGGUCAGAAGAUGUUGAUUAAUUCUCUGAAACAGCAGCUCUAACAGUAGUGCAGCUCAGACACAGUAAAGUGUACAGCACACACUCUGCUCAUAAUAAACUGAUUGAAUAAAUGUGUUUAAUCAA